UUAAGGAAGGAUUUGUAAAACAGCGUGGAUCACAUUGAAUUUCUGGACGGGGGCUCAAUUGAAAUUUGUUGGGUAUGUGAAUUUCUGAUAGUCUUGGAUUUACUUAUACCACGAAGUCGGUUCAUAGAUUAGCUCUUUUAUUGCCACGUUGAGAGCAAGUUUUGAGUUAUCCUGCACUUAUAUUACUGCAAAAUAUAUUUUUUUUUGAAAAAAAAAAAUUUUCAUGCGUUUUGUCCCGUUUCGGUAUUUUGAAAGUUGCCAUCAAAAAUGUACCGACUCAAGACCGAUUUCUUUGACAGGUUUUUCAGAGGAAAACAAUAGCCAAAAAUCCUAAAAACAACAAACACUCUUCUAAAAUACGAAAAAAGCAGCUAUGAAAAUCAAUCGGCGUGAACAUAAAGCCUCUCUCCUUGUUCAAUUUAUUGUAUUACUCACUGAAAUUGCCCAUGUUGUAAGUUACGACUCAGAGGAACAGUCUCUUCGCUCGGAUGUGAGUAUAGCCGUUGGAGGGUAUGAUGUGGACAGUCCGGACCAGGAGCGGAAGCUGAUUGAGACCAUGUUUACAGACUACAAUAGAUGGUCCAGACCCGUUCAGACACAGAGUGAAGUGGUGCACAUCAGCCUAACAUUAUAUGUGGCUCAAAUCGUGAACUUGAACGGGAAAAGUCAGAUUAUGAAGACGAGUGUGUGGCCGAACCAGGUGUGGAGUGACAGCAGACUGGCCUGGAACCAGACUGGAGUGUUCCGAGACCCAGCACUCUCUUCCAGAGAGGUGCGGGUUCCUGCUUCGGAUGUGUGGCAUGGGGACAUUGUGCUGCUGAACAACAUAGACGGGCAGUAUGAGCCGACCUAUCCGGUGAAGAUGCUGGUAGAUAAGGAGGGACGGGUGGCCUGGAUGCCCCCCUCCAUCUACAACUCCUGGUGCGAAAUGGAUGCCAGACACUUCCCAUUCGACAGCCAGCAGUGUGAGUUAGUGUUCGGCAGCUUCACAUACGACUCUACUAAAGUGGUGGUGACAUGUGCACUUGAGUCGGCCAGCUACGACAACCCGAACUCAUUCUACGAGUCGUCCGAAUGGAAAAUAAACCGAAGCUACCAAAGUCUGAAAAUACAAAAUUCGAAAAUAGUUCCCUGUCGAGAGUCGUCGGCUCCGAUUAUGGGCACGGACUUGAACACUUCUCUCGUCAUUUUCACUUUUCACGUCACUCGCAAACCACUCUUCUACCAGUGCUGGCUCAUAGUGCCAACUUUAAUAAUUAUUUUACUGGUUCCACUCGUGUUCUAUUUACCCGUCCAGGCGGGUGAAAAACUGGGUUUGAGUAUCUCUUUAACCCUCACAUGUACUCUACCUCUCAUGCUGUGUUCCAAAUACAUGAGUAACGGGGGCGAUACAGUGCCUAUGAUUCUACAGUACAUCAUGUCGGGUAUGGUUCUAAGCAGUUUUUCAGUUAUGAGCUCAGUUAUUGUGGUUAAUAUUCAUUACCGAUCAGCCGACACGACCGAAAUGUCCAACUGGAUCAAAUUCGUAUUUGUCAAAACUUUGCCCAAAUACUUAUACAUGGAGCGCCCUGCGACCAAAAACGACCGGAAAAAGAAAAAACUGCAGAAGUUUCUGGACAAACUCAGCAUGCAAAACGGAACUACAGAGUUUGACUCAGACGGGGUUCCAAUUUCUCGGAAAUUUAAUCCAGGGUUCAUCACCCAAUCGACUGACAUGUCAAGACAUGCAACGACUGAAAUCAACGACAGUCCAAUUAUGGGCACUAAAGCAUCAAUGACGUCAUUGUCGAUUAAUAGUCAACUGACCAAUAGGAAAAGUCGACGUUUCGGAGCAGGCGCGGAGAACAACCAAUCACAUCUGCCGAAUCAGGGAUGGAAUCUAGUUAACAAUAAGAACCGAGUUCACAACAGCCAGCUGGACGUGAUGGGAAUAUCACGUGACCUGCAGAUUGCAUACGGGUGCAUUGAGUACAUAGUGUACAAUCUGAAGUCGAACGAUGACUCACAGAAGGUGUCGGAUGAUUGGCAGUUCGUGGCAAUGGUCGUCGACAGACUCUUCCUCAUCAUCUUCAGUGCCACUUGUUUAAUCCUCACUUUCACCUUAUUCUUGGAGCCAUUUGUAAACUACUACACAACAGCUGAAUACAUUUAAAAAACUACAUUCGUUUCAACCUAAUAUUUUCAAGAAAAAGUAACAAAAAAACUGGCAGAAGAUUGUUAUCUUUUGAAGCAACUCUGGGCAAGUUGAUGGUUUUGGUGGUAAUAAAAAUUAAUUGUUUCUCUGCAUUUCCUACAAGUUGAAAUAUUUGUUGUAGUUAUCAUCGAA